UCGAGUGCGCCUGCUCGGUGGGAGCCCGCGAAGUACCUGGAGGAGGUGGGGGGCGAGGGAGCCCGCGUCCUUUCCCUGGUGUGAUUCCGUCCUGCGCGGCUGUUCUGUGGAAGAGUAGUCGUUUCUCUCCGUCCGCCUUCUCUCCCACCUAAGUGCGUGCCACCACCUCAUGGAAGAUUCGAUGGACAUGGACAUGAGCCCCCUGAGGCCCCAGAACUAUCUUUUCGGUUGUGAACUAAAGGCUGACAAAGAUUAUCACUUUAAAGUGGAUAAUGAUGAAAACGAGCACCAGUUAUCUUUAAGAACGGUCAGUUUAGGAGCUGGUGCAAAGGAUGAAUUGCACAUUGUUGAAGCAGAGGCAAUGAAUUAUGAAGGCAGUCCAAUUAAAGUCACACUGGCAACUUUGAAAAUGUCUGUACAGCCAACGGUUUCCCUUGGGGGCUUUGAAAUAACACCACCUGUGGUCUUACGGUUGAAAUGCGGUUCAGGGCCUGUGCAUAUUAGUGGACAGCACUUAGUAGCUGUGGAGGAAGAUGCAGAGUCAGAAGAUGAAGAGGAAGAGGAUGUGAAACUCCUUAGUAUAUCUGGAAAGCGUUCUGCCCCUGGAAGUGGUAGCAAGGUUCCACAGAAAAAAGUAAAACUUGCUGCCGAUGAAGAUGAUGAUGAAGAUGACGAUGAUGACGAUGAUGAUGAAGAUGAUGAUGAUGAUGAUUUUGAUGAUGAGGAAGCUGAAGAAAAGGCUCCAGUAAAGAAAUCUAUACGAGAUACUCCAGCCAAGAAUGCACAAAAAUCUAACCAGAAUGGAAAAGACUCAAAACCAUCAACACCAAGAUCAAAAGGUCAAGAAUCUUUCAAAAAACAGGAAAAGACUCCCAAAACACCGAAAGGACCUAGUUCUGUAGAAGACAUUAAAGCAAAAAUGCAAGCAAGUAUAGAAAAAGGUGGUUCUCUUCCCAAAGUGGAAGCCAAGUUCAUCAAUUAUGUGAAGAAUUGCUUCCGGAUGACUGACCAAGAGGCUAUUCAAGAUCUCUGGCAGUGGAGGAAGUCUCUUUAAGAAAAUAGUUUAAACAGUUUGUUAAAAUUUUCCGUCUUAUUUCAUUUCUGUAACAGUUGAUAUCUGGCUGUCCUUUUUAUAAUGCAGAGUGAGAACUUUCCCUACCGUGUCUGAUAAAUGUUGUCCAGGUUCCAUUGCCAAGAAUGUGUUGUCCAAAAUGCCUGUUUAGUUUUUAAAGAUGGAGCUCCACCCUUUGCUUGGUUUUAAGUAUGUAUGGAAUGUUAUGAUAGGACAUAGUAGUAGUGGUGGUCAGACAAAUGGAAAUGGUGGGGAGACAAAAAUAUACAUGUGAAAUAAACUCAGUAUUUUAAUAAAGUA